AUGGUGCGCAGGCUGGUAAACUAUGGUCAGCAAUCUCGGCUACCUUCUCUAAAUGUCAACAUUCCUCCGACUCCAGGUGCUUACUCACCGGCGGCUAUCUCUGCCGCGCUUUCUGCAACGACCAAUGCCACUGGUCGCACCGUUUAUGUUGGCAACCUCCCCGCAACCGCCUCUGUCGAUGAGCUACUUAACCUCGUGCACUUUGGCCCCCUCGAAUCCAUUCGUGUUCUUCCUGAAAAAUCAAGCUCUCCCUUCACGGCCAGGAAACUUAAGAUCGGAUGGGGAAAGCCAUCUCCUGUCAGUGCGCAGGUGAGCCUUGCGAUCAGCCAGAGCAACGCGAGCCGGAACGUAUACCUCGGUGGCCUGGAUGAAAACACGACAGAAGAGCAGUUGCGGGAUGAUCUCAGCCGGUUCGGGCUGAUUGAUCAGGUCAAAAUUGUCCGUGACAAGAACAUUGGGUUCGUACAUUUCUUGAGUAUCUCGGUUGCUACCAAGGUGGUUAACACGCUUCCUACUGAGCCAGCUUGGGCUGGAAAACGCGUUCAACUACGGCAAGGAUCGCUGCCGACCGCCCAAUCUCUCGUCGCUCAAUCUGCAAAUCUCAGCCCUGCUGCGGGUCCGAAUCACUUUGGUUCGCCAUUCUCGCCUUAUCCCUUUACAACGGACAUGACAGGUGGUCAAACCCUCAAUCGCACGGUCUACUUGGGCAACAUUCAUCCUGAGACAACAACUGAAGAUUUGUGCAACGCUAUUCGUGGUGGUGUGUUGCAGAGCGUGAGGUACAUGCAGGACAAGCACAUUGCCUUCGUCACUUUUGUUGACCCUGCAGCAGCGUUCACGUUCUACCAAGUGGCAUCCUACCAAGGCCUCACCUUGAACAACCGGCGGCUCAAGAUUGGUUGGGGCAAAAAUUCCGGUCCACUGCCGCCUAGCCUUGCGCUCGCUGUGCACUCAGGGGCCACCAGGAACGUUUAUGUGGGCAACAUUGAAGACUUUGAAUUAUUCAACGAGGAGAAGCUAAAGAGGGACUUUGGCGAGUUGGAGAUAUCGAGCUGGAACUGUGCCUUUCCCGGAAUAUGCAACUUGCGUAUUGCGCAUGGCAAGGAUCGGUGUGCGAACCCGCCGCGAUCGGGUCCCCAAGGUGGCUCUUCAGUCAGGCGGAGCGCCAGUGGAAAUGGGCCAGCAAGUGCAGAGCCCGCAAGCGCUAUUGAGCCCAUCGAGUCUUCCCAGUUUGUGGACCCUGAAGACGAAGGGAACAAUGCAAACGUCAUUGUAUCUGGCCCAGAGGAGAUGGAAGCAUCCAUUUAAAUAUGGAUCGCCUAGAGAGUGAGGUGUGCUGUGGAAGUGCCCACUUAUACCCCGCGUAUCUCCCUCUCGAAAAAGUCGCCAACAGCAAGUGGAUGGGAAGGAUAGCCUCGGAUGUCCUCGUGAGGGGGACCCAUUGGGCUAUUGGUUGUUGUGUUCUUUAUUCACUUCGCUUUCUCAGUCUGGCCGUUGUUAGUGUUACUUUACUCACUUUUGUGUCUUCUUUAUCUUUUACUUUCUUUCCAUUUCAUGUUCACACUUGACUUAUAUCUUUGUCCGAUUGUGCUUCUCGCACACCCCACGCUCGUUGCAUUGCUUCACUUACGCCUCGUUAACCCCGUCAAC